AUGUUUCGUCUUAAGUCACUUUCUGCAUUGGCAGAGCUGGCCCUGGGCUCUCGAUGGUACCAUGGAGGGUCACAGCCCACCCAGGUCAGGCGGCGGCUAAUGGUAGUGGCUUUUCUGGGAGCAUCUGCAGUAACUGCAAGUACUGGUCUUUUGUGGAAGAGAGCCCUUGCAGAAUCUCCACCAUCUGUAAACAACCUAAAGAGUGAAGUUGGUGAUAAAGGAAAGAAUAAAGAUGAAGAGGAAGUUUAUAACCAUGGAAAAAAGGCUGAAGAUACUUGUCCUGAGUUUCAUUCGGAAGAGAAAAAGAAGAAACGUUCUGGAUUCAGAGACAGAAAAGUAAUGGAAUAUGAGAAUAGGAUUAGAGCAUAUUCUACACCAGACAAAAUCUUCCGAUAUUUUGCCACCUUGAAAGUAAUCAGUGAGCAUGGUGAAUCUGAAGUGUUUAUGACUCCACAAGAUUUUGUGCGCUCCAUCACACCCAAUGAAAAGCAACCGGAACACUUGGGCCUGGAUCAAUAUAUAAUAAAACGCUUUGAUGGAAAGAAAAUUGCCCAAGAACGAGAAAAGUUUGCUGAUGAAGGCAGUAUAUUUUACACCCUUGGAGAAUGUGGACUCAUAUCCUUUUCAGACUACAUUUUCCUCACAACGGUUCUUUCUACUCCUCAGAGAAAUUUUGAAAUUGCUUUCAAGAUGUUUGACUUGAAUGGAGAUGGAGAAGUAGACAUGGAGGAGUUUGAACAGGUUCAGAGCAUCAUUCGCUCCCAAACAAGUAUGGGUAUGCGUCACAGAGAUCGUCCUACUACUGGUAACACCCUCAAGUCUGGCUUGUGUUCAGCCCUCACAACCUACUUUUUUGGAGCUGAUCUCAAAGGGAAGCUGACCAUCAAAAACUUCCUCGAAUUUCAGCGCAAACUUCAGCAUGAUGUUCUGAAGUUAGAGUUUGAACGCCAUGACCCUGUGGAUGGGAGAAUUACUGAGAGGCAGUUCGGUGGCAUGCUGCUGGCCUACAGCGGGGUGCAGUCCAAGAAGCUGACUGCCAUGCAGAAGCAGCUCAAGAAGCACUUCAAAGAGGGAAAGGGCCUGACAUUUCAGGAAGUGGAGAACUUCUUUACUUUCCUAAAGAAUAUUAAUGAUGUGGACACUGCGUUGAGCUUUUACCACAUGGCUGGGGCAUCUCUUGAUAAAGUGACCAUGCAGCAGGUGGCCAGGACAGUGGCCAAAGUGGAGCUCUCAGACCACGUGUGUGAUGUGGUGUUUGCGCUCUUUGACUGUGACGGCAACGGGGAGCUGAGCAAUAAGGAGUUUGUUUCCAUCAUGAAACAGCGGUUGAUGAGAGGCCUGGAGAAGCCCAAAGACAUGGGCUUCACCCGCCUGGUGCAGGCCAUGUGGAAGUGUGCACAGGACACUGCCUGGGACUUCGCUUUGCCCAAACAGUAA